AUGGCGUACCAACCUCCUUCUCAGGUUAUUCUUUUGCCUCAGACUCAGCAGCUCAAGGCGUCGAUGACCAUCAUCCGGGAUAAAAACACACAGCGCGCCGACUUUAUCUUUUAUUCUGACCGUAUCAUUCGUAUCUUGGUUGAGGAGGGUUUGAACCACCUUCCUGUCAUCGAAAAGACUGUCAUCACUCCUACAGGAAAAGAAUUUCAUGGGAUUGACUUUCAAGGGCGAAUCUGUGGCGUAUCCAUCAUGCGUGCUGGAGAAUCAAUGGAACAGGGUCUUCGCGAUGUGUGUAGGAGUGUCCGUAUCGGCAAGAUCUUGAUUCAAAGGGAUGAAGAGACUGCACUGCCAAAGCUGUACUAUGCCAAGUUCCCUCCAGAUAUCGCUUCACGUUAUUGUUUGUUGUUGGAUCCCAUGCUUGCAACGGGUGGAUCGGCCAUCAAGGCAAUUGAGACCUUGAUUGAUCAUGGUGUACCAGAGGAGAGAAUCCUUUUCUUGAAUUUGAUUUGUUGUCCUCAAGGCAUCAAUGCUGUUGUUGCAAAGUUCCCUACCUUGAAGAUUGUCACUGCAGAGAUCGAUGUAGGACUGGACGAGAAAUUGUAUAUUGAUCCCGGUCUCGGAGACUUUGGUUGCCGCUACUUUGGAACCGACAAAUAA